GUUUAUUUCCCUGCUCUACCGUUAGGUUUAUCCCUUCAUGCAAUAAUAAUAAGAAUGGAUUCUUUAUUGAAACGUUCUCUACUUUCGCCGACGACUGGCGAGGACUCAGAUGCACUUGGCGACAAAAAAACAUCACAUCCAGACGGAAUCUGGAGAAGGUGGAGAAGCAGCGCUGCUCCUCUUCUCGCACUAGUCCUCUUCGUGCUCUUGCCAGGGACGCUUCUCUCGCUCUCUUCUCGCACUAGUCCCCUUCUUUUGUUCUGCAAGCAGCAGCUGCCAAGUGUGAAUUUACUAGAAUUGAAAGGGGCAUCGUCAACAGCAGGGCAGGAUGAGGUGCGAGCGGCAGCAGAGUCAGGGGAAGACUCUUCGGACUCUCAAAUGACACCAACAAAGAGAGAGGAGGACAUCGCAGCUAGGUUAGCAAGGGCCUUCAGAGACGCGACCAACACGACUGGGACGACGAAGCAUCAACAUAGUGCUAUAAUCAAGCCUACCGAAAAAGGUCAACAUGGUGUAGUUAAUAUAGGUAGGAAUAGAAGAGGACAUCAUCUUCACGGUGAUUCAAGCAGAAAUCCACCUCCGUUCGCCGCACAUCUAAUCGUCAAUGUGCAUGGUCUAGGUGCGACUGCGAAUGGCGAGUACUAUGUCCGGGAAUCUGAGAUCAUGGCCAGCAAUUUUCCAGCUGCGACGAUUAUGCGCCUUGAAUAUGCCGCUGGGGAUGAGACAUCCAGGUUGAGCAUGCUAGAACAGUCACAUCGGGCAUGUUAUGGGCUGACAAUGGAAGCAACGAAGAUUUUGAGUAUGGUGGAAGAGGAGGAGAAGGAGACGAGAGGCGGGGAAAGUAGGAAGAAGAUAACUUCUUCUUCGAAGACUUUAUCAUUACAUGUUGAUGAAGACGAGCAACAAAAUUCAGAGAGGACUAUGAGGAAUUCACCUAGUGCGACAUCAACUUCAGUCGAAAAAGAAGAUGACGAUGAUUCUAACGCAAGUAGCCCUACACCAGAAGAAUCUGAUCAGGAGGAUUUUCAGGAGGACUUUGUACAUUCGUCAAUAGCAUCUCCAUCUUCAACUACAAAUGACCAUGAGGAGGACAAAGGUCAAGAUCUUCUAUAUCUGAGUUCAACAACAUCGUCUUCUAUAUCUGAAGCAACAUCUUCAAUUGAGUUCAAGACAAAGACGACGAAACCGAAUUCAAAGGGACAUCUUUUAGCAAUCGACAUCAUAGGACAUUCCCAAGGUGGUUUGGUGUCGAGGUGGAUGAUUCAGAAUUGCGAACUACCAAGUGGUGCCUUUUUUAGACGCUUUGUGUCGGUAGGAAGUCCGCAGAGUGGCGUGACUCGGAUACCUGGAAGUACUGCCCCCGGACCUUUUGCUACAAAAGUUUGGUUAUGGAAGGGAUGUUGUAAAGGUAGGCAGGCAUCAUGCGUAGUUUUGGCUUUAAUUUGAGGUUCUUGGUAACUUUAACUAGUCGUAGUUAAGGGGUUCUUAAGGAAAAUGUGAGGAUCUGGUUCUUGUGGCAGUUAAGGGACCGGGGCUUUGAGGCAGAUAAGCGACUCGCCUGCUGAAGCAGAUAAGCGACUCGCCUUUUGAGGCAGCUAAGGGGCUCGCCUCUUGAGGCAGAUAAGCGACUCGCCUUCUGAGGCACUUAGGGGGAUGAAAGGUGAAACACUUAGCCGAAACACGGAGGCAUCACUUAAGCAUCACUUAGCCGAAACACGUAGGCAUCACUUAAGCAUCACUCCGCCGAAGCAGUUAAGCAACCCUUAAGCAUCAUGUAGAUUCGCCAAGUUAAGUACCAUAGUAUCUAAAGGAUCACCACCUCCACCGCCAAAACUACCAAAACUACCAUCACCACUUCCUCUUCCUUCAUUCCCCGGCUUUUUCCUCCGCACUGUGACCCUUUCCGACUUCAUGCGACGACAUUUCGCUUACCUCGAUUACGUCUAUAGCCCCGCAGCGACGCUUGGGCAACGAGCUAAUAUUAAGGCUCAACUUUGUUCAAUGGUAUUAGGCGAGUCCGUUACCUGCCUCAAAAAGGGUCUAUUAAAUUCAAUGGUUACCAUCAAAAAGGGUCUAUUAUAUUUUGUUCAAUGGUCACCAUUUAGAUUGGAGUCACCGAGAUCGAAGAGCCGACCCCGUAAGAGAACAGGUGAAAACGAAGGGAAAGGGGAGAGCUUUGAAGGGGGUCGCUUCCGUUCCGAGUCAGUGACCAAGGAAUGCUGAGCUUUACUAAUAGCUUUAUAGGACGCCCUCACUACCAUCCCUGACUCUUUUCUUAGUAGAAAAGAGGCCAGGGAUGUUCUGAAGAAUGUAAAACCUCUAAUAAUAGCUUCAUAGGACGUCUCAAUAAUUUUGGGUGUGCUGUAGGGAUACCAACGUCCAAACCGAUGCCGACUUUCAAGAAAGCAGACUCUCAUUCGUUCCAUGGCGACAUUGCAGCUGCAAAUCUAGAAAUGUCGGAAGACUGUAGGAGGCAGAAGAACAGAUUUGCAGGUUUGGAGAAAGUGAUGCUGAUCUUGUUUUUAUGUGAUGGAACCAGGCAUCUGUUUAUAGUUGCUACGUGGUUCGAAUGAAUGAAUGAAUGAACGUGAACUGGUGAGUACGUGGUUCUUGUUGCCCUGUUUUACUAGUCGCCUACAGGCUCAUACAGUUCUACAGUCUUCUGCGCCUCAGAGUCAAAGGCAAAGAGGAGUCGAGCAGGUGCCGGUGGGGCUCGAUGUGCAGGAUCCAUAACCUGUAACCUAACUAGCAAAAAACGUAUAAUUCUCUAACAUUCGAAGGCGACACAGUCCUAUCACCAAAGGAGAGCGCUUUUUUCGCGGACGUCGGAGUGGACGAAGGGAAGCUUUACCCUCUGCAGGAGACGCUAUUGUGGCAGUUAUGAGAUGCCAACUCUCUUCAACCUCUAAAAAAACAACUUGUUGUAAGUAAGCCUCAACAAAAAGAAAAGGGAUGCCCUAUUUUUUAAACUUAGCUGUACUACUUGUCUUCUCCAACUGUUCGUUUUUGCAAUAAAUGUAAUGGACGAAAGAACCCAUCGUGGUGUCUUCCCUUUUUCAUUCCACCAAGACUUGGUUGGGUUGAGGGCACUGCAUGAACAGGGAAAGCUGUUGUUUCGAAGGAGUCCCAAUGAGCACGACUCCCUUUCUCCAGAGGAAGAGAGGAAAAUGGUUGCAGAGUUUUUGUUGUCGUGAUGACGGGUUUAUUUCACUGUAAAAAUUGGUUGUGUUGUGAAGUGCCCGGGGUACUACAACUGUGAUAUGUGAAGUACUUGUGUGCAGAUAUCACUUGUGUGAAGUAUGGGCACAAGCGCGUCAAGAGUCAACACAUCCACCUGGUACACUUCUAUUAGUCACGCAUCUGAUUUGUGAAGCAACAUAUCAACAUGAAGCAAAAAAUCUGAUCACGACCCAUUGUUUGUAACGGCCCUUGUGGUUACAAUACCUGAUUGGUUACAGAAGAAAGGGUGUAAAAAAGGGUACUAAGAAACACGGCUUACUGCAUGUUCAUCCACGUUGACAUAAAUAGUAUUCGACGCAUGGUCCAAGAACACAUUGACAUAAAUAGUAUUCGACGCAUGGUCCAAGAACACAUUGACAUUCACUUCCAUAAUGCGACUUUUACCAGCACUUCGUCUGCGGCUCGGCGAGGAAUGCUUGAAACACCCUUUUUUUGAAACACCCUUUUUUUCGAAUUUUUUGAAACAUCCUACUCAUGAACGCAUCCUCUGUGAUUCAAAUUUUGCACGACUGCUCAGGGUAAUUAAUAUACGCAGAAAUAAACUGUCGCUGCGUUGGGAUCAAUCCGAUGCAUAGGAGCAAAAUAAUUCUCUUGACUCAAAUCUAAUGCACGUCGUCUGGCUGGUAGCUUAGGAUGGCUAGUCGAGACGC